AUCUCCGGGCGCCCGGCUGGGGGGUGCUGGGUGUGGGGCGGCUCCGGGGCCGGGGAUGGCGGCGGCCGCGGUUGCGGCGGCUCCGGGACAAGCAGGAGGAGCCCGGGGAGCGCUGUGAGAUGGGCCGGCUUCCAAGUCAGCCGGGAGGACACUUAAUACAGCCGCUCAGAAGCACCAACAGAAGCUCAGAUGUGGGCGCCCCAGCCAGCAGCAGAGAGGGGUGCAGGGAAGCCACAGAGAAGCCACUUCUGAUGCCCCAAGGAGCAAGCCAACCCCUUCCAGACUCCAGGAACACCACAAAGCAAUAUGAAACCUGUUCAUGAGAGGAGUCAGGAAUGCCUUCCACCAAAGAAACGAGACCUCCCCGUGACCAGCGAGGAUAUGGGGAGAACUACCAGCUGCUCCACAAACCACACACCCUCCAGUGAUGCCUCUGAAUGGUCCCGAGGGGUUGUGGUGGCGGGGCAGAGCCAGGCUGGAGCCAGAGUCAGCCUGGGGGGUGAUGGAGCUGAGGCCAUUGCUGGUCUGACAGUGGACCAGUAUGGCAUGCUGUAUAAGGUGGCUGUGCCACCUGCCACCUUCUCACCAACCGGCCUCCCAUCCGUGGUGAACAUGAGCCCCUUGCCCCCCACGUUUAAUGUAGCGUCUUCACUGAUUCAGCAUCCAGGAAUCCAUUAUCCCCCAAUCCACUAUGCUCAGCUCCCGUCCACCUCACUGCAGUUUAUCGGGUCUCCUUAUAGCCUUCCCUAUGCUGUGCCACCUAACUUCCUACCAAGUCCCCUCCUUUCUCCUUCGGCCAAUCUCGCCACCUCUCACCUUCCACACUUCGUGCCAUAUGCCUCACUCCUGGCAGAAGAAGCCACUCCUCCCCCCCAGGCUUCAUCCCCAGCCCACUCAUUUAACAAAGCCCCUUCUGCAACCUCUCCGUCUGGGCAGUUGCCACAUCACUCGAGUACUCAGCCACUGGACCUCGCUCCAGGACGGAUGCCCAUUUAUUACCAGAUGUCUAGGCUACCUGCUGGCUAUACCUUGCAUGAAAAUCCUCCAGCAGGCACGAGCCCAGUUCUUACCCCUCAGGAGGGCCAGUCUGCUCUGGAAGCAGCUGCUGCCAAUGGAGGACAGAGACAGCGAGAGCGAAAUUUAGUAAGACGAGAAAGUGAAGCCCUUGACUCUCCCAGCAGCAAGAGCGAAGGCCAAGGAUUGGUGCCAGUGGUAGAAUGUGUGGUGGAUGGACAGUUUUUUUCAGGUUCUCAGACUCCACGGGUGGAGGUGGCAGUGCCGGCACACCGAGGGACCCCAGACACGGACCUUGAGGUCCAGCGGGUGGUUGGCUCUUUAGCUUCUCAGGACUAUCAUGUGGUGGCAGCUCAGAGGAAGGAUGAACCCAGCCCCCUCAACCUGUCCCAUCAUACCCCCGACCAUCAGGGUGAGGGACGAGGGUCAGCCAGGAACCCUGCAGAGCUGGCAGAGAAAAACCAGUCCCGUGGGUUCUACCCUCAGUCCCAUCAGGAACCGGUGAAACAUAGACCUUUACCCAAAGCAAUGGUUGUAGCCAAUGGCAACCUGGUGCCCACUGGAACUGACCCAGGCCUGCUGCCUGUGGGCUCGGAGAUCCUGGUGGCAUCAAGCCUGGACGUGCAGGCCAGAGCCACCUUCCCAAACAAGGAGCCAACGCCACCCCCUGUUACCUCCUCCCACUUGCCCUCCCAUUUCAUGAAAGGCGCCAUCAUCCAGCUGGCUACAGGGGAGCUGAAGCGGGUGGAGGACCUCCAGACCCAAGAUUUUGUGCGCAGUGCCGAAGUGAGCGGGGGACUGAAGAUUGACUCUAGCACGGUCGUGGACAUUCAGGAGAGCCAGUGGCCUGGAUUUGUCAUGCUACAUUUUGUGGUUGGCGAGCAGCAGAGCAAAGUGAGCAUCGAGGUGCCCCCUGAACACCCCUUCUUUGUGUAUGGCCAGGGUUGGUCCUCCUGCAGCCCUGGGCGGACUGCACAACUCUUCUCUUUGCCCUGUCAUCGGCUACAGGUGGGAGAUGUCUGCAUCUCUAUCAGUUUACAGAGCUUGAACAGUAACUCAGUUUCUCAGGCCAGCUGUGCUCCCCCAGGCCAGCUGGGUCCACCCCAAGAAAGGCCUGAGAGGACAGUCUUGGGACCCAGAGACCUAUGUGAUAGUGAGGGGAAGAGCCAGCCUCCAGGAGAGGGCUCCCGUGCAGUAGAGCCCUCCCAGUCUGAGCCUGGUGCUCAGGCCUGCUGGCCAGCCCCAAACUUCCAAAGAUACAGCAUGCAAGGGGAGGAGGCACGGGCUGCUCUGCUCCGUCCCUCUUUUAUUCCACAGGAGGUAAAGCUGUCCAUCGAAGGGCGUUCCAAUGCGGGAAAAUGAACCUCUUUCCCAGACCAGGACUGGGACUUGAACCCCAGAGGACAGUUGCUCUGAGUUCACUUCUAGAGGUUGGUUUGAAUGCUUAAGAGACCACUUCCCUUUGGGCUAAGGUAUCUCCCUAGUCUUAAAGCUUACCAGGAGUUGGAGAUUAAACCACCUGCCACAGCAACCCACCAGAAAUAAAGGAACCCUUAUUGUGUGGAGCUGGAAUGCAGGUGUUUGGGAAGAGCUGUGCAGGAUCAAGCCUACUGUGUGAAUGAAGGGGCCUGGAGAUAAAGGCUUCCUUUAGGCAGGUACAGUCAUUCCACUGCCUCACCAGCUCCCACCUGGCACUGCCUGCAAGAAAGGCAGCCUCUGUCUAUACCAGGCAAAUGGGGAGUUCAGAGUUCCAGUCUUCCUAGGACCCAGUGGAGACUAUGUCCUCACACCUGAAUCCCUGCAGCAUCCUGAAACUCCUUUCUCU